AUGGCGUCAAAUGUGUGCUUGAUGUUAUGUUUCUUUGUGAUCCUUAGUAGUUCUGAACGUCCCAGCCCUUGGAACAAGACUGCCUUUAAAGAUAACGCUAUUUACUUCAUCUCACAAUCUGCAUCAAAACCUGAAAUUCAAGCAUUUUCCGUUCGAAAGGUGACCCAUGAACUUAAGGGUGCAAAACUAUCUCAAACCAUCCUCUUGACAUGUAAACUUUUCCAACGUGCCUCACUGGCUAUGAUACUAAUUGCCCUCUCUAGGGAUAUAGAACUUAACCCCGGCUUCAAAUUUUUAAAUGACAUGAAAAAUAGGGGCCUAAAGAUUGCUCACUUAAAUGUUCGCAGCUUACGAAACAAGAUCGACCAAAUCCGCCUUGAAGUGUUAAGCGUGAACUCAUUGGAUGUUCUUACCUUAUCAGAAACCUGGCUAAACUCAACAAUCUUAAACUCUGAGAUACAUCUACCCGGAUUUUCGUGCGCAAGACGCGAUAGACAUGGUCUUAAGUCUGGCGGCGGAACUAUUAUCUACCUGAGGGAUGACCUGCAAUUUCGUGUUCGGGGCGAUCUUAAUACUGCAGAUAAUGAAUGCACAUGGGUCGAAAUCAUUUGUAAGAAUUGCAAGCCUCUCCUGAUAUGCUGCAUUUAUAGACCUCCAGAUCAAGACUGUGCACCAUUCAUCUCGGAACUUGAUGAUAACCCUUGGCUUAUUACCCCUGUGCUACGAGAGAGAAAUAAAAGACUUAGUGUUCUUUUUUAA